UUCAACAGCUCUGGUUCAUUCCCUUAUAACACUUUUCUUUGUUCCUUUCAGGUAACACAAAAACAUAAAUAAAUGAAACAAAUUAUUUUGUGGUGUCUGCAUUUGUGUUCCUGGGACUUUCUAUCUCUAGACCGUGUAGCAUUUCCUUGUUACCUGCUCUACCAUUUUAUAUGUAUCAAUUGUUCUGGGAAACCUCUUUGUGCUUACAGUAACCUUUGUCCUUCAUUUUCAUUCCCCCAUGUACUUCCUGAUAGCCAAGCUUUCAGUCAUUGAUUUGUGUGUUUUAGGCAGCAACAGACAAUGUCAGUGUAUGAAGCAAAUUACUCUGAGGUGUCUGAAUUUGUCUUCCUGGGACUUUCUACCUCUAGACCAAUGCAACAUUUCCUCCUUGCCUUCUCUACAGUGUUUUAUGUAACAAUUGUUCUGGGAAAUUUCCUGGUUGUGUUUACAGUGACUUUUGACUCUCAAUUGCAUUCUCCUAUGUACUUUCUGUUAGCCAACCUCUCUUUUAUUGAUAUGUGUCUUUCUACCUUACUGGUUCCUAAGAUGAUCUCUGACUUGUACUCUGGGCAACACACUAUAUCAUUCCAGGGGUGUGUCAUCCAGAUUUUUGUACUUCAUGUUCUAGGUGGAUCUGAGAUGGUGCUGCUCAUAGCCAUGGCCUUGGACCAUUAUGUGGCCAUAUGGAAGCCCCUCCACUACCUGACCGUCAUGAGUCCACACAUGUGCAUUUGGCUUCUGGUUGGUUCUUGGGUUAUUGGUCUCAUUCACUCAGUGGUGCAGCUAGCUUUUAUUGUCAGUUUGGAUUUUUGUGGCCCUAAUGCUUACUAUAAUGCAAUAGACAGCUUUUACUGUGAUCUACCUCAGUUUAUCAAACUUGCCUGCACAAACACCUACAAACUGGAGUUCAUGGUUACUGCCAACAGUGGAUUAAUUUCCAUGGGAACCUUCUUAUUGGUUUUCUCCUACAUCUUCAUCCUGGUCACUGUAUGGAAACACUCUUCAGGUGGUCUAUCCAAGGCCUUCUCUACCUUGUCAGCUCAUAUCACUGUGGUGGUUUUGUUCUUUGGACCAUGCAUCUUUAUCUAUGUGUGGCCAUUUCCCAUGGUGCCAGUAGAUAAGUUUCUUGCCAUUUUGGACUCUUUGAUUACACCUAUCUUGAACCCUGCCAUCUACACAUUGGGGAACAAGGACAUGAAGAUGGCAAUGAAGAGACUAAGUAGUUGA